AUGAAUGAAAACAGCACCAUAUCAGCUAUACAACAGCACAGUCACGUCCUUUCCGACAAUGAAAACUCUCCUUCAAAACCAUUAUGGAUGAACCGAAACAAAAUUGUAAUUGUUUGCGUCACAAUCACUGUUUGGAUCGGGUUCGUUCUUUUACUCUUUCUGAAUACCACCUCACACACAGAAGACGUCUCGGUUUUAAAACCAUUGGAACCCAACUCGCCGACCAUUCUUUCAUCCAGCAUGUUGCUAGACAAAGAUCCAAAAACGGUCAUUUACAAUUUUGAAAGCAUUGAAAAGUUAAGAAAUGCGAGAACCUUAGACGAAAUGAAACAAAUGUUCAACACGCUCGACAAUAUCAAUCCCAAUAAUGUAUCGAAUGCAUAUUCCACCUUUUUAUCUGUUUCCACACAUCCCCGAAAAGCAUUCGAAUACACGAUUGGAGUGCUGACACUCUUCCAGAGUCUUGUUGAAAAUUCCAAAUCUUCCAUUCCGUUUGUUUUGGUGGUUGUUCCUCCACGCAUCGACGAAGGGAAAGGUCUCUCCGAGCAAGAGGUUGUUCAAAAAACAGUUCAAGUAAUUACUGGUCUUUUGCAGUCCAUUCAUCCACAGGACCUUCCUCGAUUUAGAAUAUAUAUUGCCUCUUACAUUACGAAUCCUACCGAAGGAAAACAUAUGGCUUCGAAUAAUGUGGAGGAUCGUUAUAUUGACACGUUUAACAAACUUCAUAUGUGGAAGUUGGAUGCAUUUCAUUUCCAAAAAAUUGUGUAUUUCGAUGCCGAUGUCGUCGUGUUGAAACCUCAAAUCGAACACUUAUUCUCGUGUGGUUACUUUUGUGCAGUGAGUGAUUUGUGCGUUCCAGAGUACUUUAAUGGAGGUCUCAUGGUUCUGAAACCAAGUUCUGAUCGAUUCAAGGACAUGAUUGACAAGUUGAAAGAUCCAUCCUUCCAGAGCUAUGACGGAGGAGAACAAGGUUUCAUUAAUCGAUAUUUUGAAUUUAACCGUCAUAGUCGUGCAUGGCCAUUAAGGGAGGCGGCAUUAGGGUCGAAUGAAGAAUUUCAUAAGGAAGUAGUGUCUCGAACGUCUAAGGAUGGAGCUCAACUUGCAGAUGCCAUAUACCGUUUACCAUUUCAUUUCAAUGGACAGAUUCAACUUGCUUUCCUUUCAAAAGAAGCAUGGGAAAAGAAGUAUGGAAAUGCAUUUGUGGCCAUUCACAUGACCAUUCCUGUCAAACCAUGGACCUAUUAUGCAUUUCCUGUUUUGGAUCCAUCCUACCUGUGGUAUCCAUACUUUGUGAAAACUUUGAUCUAUCGAGUGGUGCCAUGGAAUUUGGUCAUUUUCAACUCGAUCAUGUCCCUUCUUUGUGUUCUCACCAUUUCAAUCACUCUUUGGUUAUUGAGAAGGAACAGCACAACAUCGUGUCGAUCACGUUUCGCAACAUUACUUUUCAGAUGCAUCUUUUCAAAACCAUUUGAAAACAUGAUUGAAUAUCAUCUUGAGAAUCACAUCCUCCCAAAGAAGCUCCAUCAACGAACGAAUCCAAGUAUUGGUCAAUUGUCACGUUCACCAAAUAUUCUCACUCAGUGCUGGUAUUGGAUCUUCCUUACUUGGUCUCCUUUUGUGGUAGCUCUCCUUCCCUUACUGUUCAUCAUUUACUUGUACAUGGAGGUGAUUUAUACUCACAAUUAUGACCCUCAUUCAAUAUGGGCCAUGCAAUUGUGGUCAGUCAUUGCAUGCUGUGUCUUUUCAUUGAGUGUGUUUUCCUUAUGGUUGUCUCAACUCACCACAAAGGUUCUUUCUCAGCUCUCUCUGAAGGAAUCCAUCCAAACACGACAAGAUGAUGAAAUCAUGCAUUCAAAAGGUCAUGUCCUCCAUCAUGACGACUCGUAUCUCUUUAAGGAAAAUGAAGUUUUGAAAAUUUCAUCAUUUCGGCUGAAAAAGCAAGUGCAGCACUAUCUUCAAGAGCUCCUAAUGUUCUAUGUGGUGAUGAUUCCGGGUUACUUUUCCAUCAUUGUGGUUCAUAUUCUGACGUUGGGAGAAUUUGCUUUUCAUAUCAUCUAUCUCACAAUGUAUGGCUUGUGGAUGGGAUGGAUUUCCAUUUGGAAGAUUCUAAAGCCUCUCUCUCAUCAUGUGAUGGUGUUUUCGUAUGCCGUGUGGUGUUUGAAGAGAAGAAAUUUGAAGAGAAUGGAUUCAAUCGUGAUGGACCAAAUCCCAAUCCGAGAGGAAUCUUUGAAGGAACAACAGACGGUUCAGAAUGAUUAUAUGGAAGAUGACUUGUUUGAAAAGAGUCCUCCCCACAUGACCGCUCGUCAAUCGGAGCCUUAA